AUGGCCAAACGCCCUCACUCCGAUUUGAGCCAAGAAAUCAAUGAAGAAGCCAAGCGCAUGGCCGUCACCUGGCAAUUGAAAUCUAUCACGGAUAGAGCAAAUCGUGAUCUCCAACGUGGACCUAAACCACCAGCAAAGUGCAGAUUUUGCCAACAAGGCCAUCACACAUCUGAAUGUCGCUCCAUCAAACAAAAGGACAAGGUGAAAAUUGCAUUGAAAAAGAAGAUAUGCCAGAUCUGCCUCACUCAUGCUGGGCACCACCCCGCAGCAUGCAGAGCUUUAAAGAACCAAAACAUCCUAUGCCUUCGCAAGGCGUGCGAGAAUAGAUAUAAAAUCCACCACAAAUCUAUCUGUGACAAUGCCACCCCGUCAACUUCACCCGACGCGUCUCCACGCCACGAGGCGGAUAUCGGAGAAGAAGAACUGGCAAACGGCACUUCGCAAAGCUUCCUCAAAGCAAGCAACUGA